AUGCCUCAUCAAGAAUCCGCCCCUGUGGCGAAGACCAACUCGGCAGACUUCAACAAGUUGUCGUCCAGUCUCCCUUUCGGCCAGCAGGUUCCUCUAUCAUCAAUCUCUGGACCGACUUAUGUGACCGCCCAACUCCUCGUUCAGCAGAUCGCCUACAAGCUUUCCGAUAAGAUCUUCUCUUACUCUCCCGAGACCUUCGACCUCGAUAUCGCACUCAAGGAUUGGGCUUCCAACAAUGAUAAGAACGUCCAUGGAUAUUCCACCGAGGUUCUGCCUCUCCAGACUCGAAUUGGCGCUGGUGCUCUUGCUCUGGGCUACAUCUUCUCUCCCGACUUCGAUGUCUCCAAGCGUCACAUCCCCCAGUCCCUGGUUGCGCCCUCAGGCAGCCUCCAGCAACUGCGCGGGACCCUCGACCAGCUCUCUCUCCUCUACGGCGUUUCCAGCCCCUUUGUCGCCCACGUCGCCGCUCUCGACUAUUCUGAUAGCAAGGGUCUGGUCUCCAACUACGACUCCGCUCUGCGCCUUGCCGAAGACCUUGGUCUUGGACUUGUUGCUAGCACCUCCACCUAUGAAGCUCAGCACAUGUCCAUCUUUGCCACUCUCUUGGCUAUUCUCCUUCCUACUCUUCAUAUCUACGAUGGUGUGCGCGUCGCUCGCGAGACUCUCCGUGUCGUCGAUGCUCUGAGCGAAAACGGUGUUGCCGAUCUGUACAGCAAGCUCUCUGCCGAGGCUAGCAAGCUCUCUGCCGAGGCUGGCAAGCUCAACACUCGUCUUGACACCGCCGGCAAGGUUGUUGAGCUUCUCAAGCUCUUCAACGAUGAGCUCGGCACCGUCUAUGAGCCUUUUGAGUACCACGGCCAUGAGUCCCCUGACGUCGUCCUCGUUGCUUUCGGCAGCGUCGAGUCACAGGUGGCCAAGGAGGUUCUGGCCAAGCUCUCUGCAGAUGGCGCCAAGGUUGGUGUCAUCAAUGUGCGAAUCUAUCGCCCCUUCAUUGAGGAGGCUUUCAUCAAGGCCAUCCCUGCUUCCACUCGUACAAUCGCCGUCCUUGGUCAGGUCAGAAACGAACUCGCUGUGGAGGAUGAGGCCACCCAGUCUGCUCUUUACAGUGAUGUCCUGACUGCUGUCACUUUCUCUGGUAAAUUUGACACCGAGCCUGCGGUUCUUGACAUCAAGUACACCCCUGCUCAGACCUUUACUCCCCAGGGUCUGGUCAACACUCUCCACAAGAUCUUUGGCAACGAGGGCAAGGCCAAGAAAUUGCCUUCUCUCGUCCAGGCUCAGCAGUUCACCUUCUGGGACCUCGAUAACUCAUCUGCUCUUAACUCUCCCAGUGUUAUUGGCAACCUGCUCUCCAAAGAAUCCAGCUCCAACGUUUAUGUUAACGAGAUCUUCGACAACCUCACCCAGGGCGGUCUCGUUCGAAGUGACCUCCGAGCCUCCAAGAAGGCCCUCGAGGCUCCUUACGACAUUGACGACGCCAAUACUAUUGUCGUCGGUGACGAGAAGAUUCUCCGGGAGGUUGAUGUCCUCAAGGGUCUCGUCGAGGGUGGCAAUGUCAUUGUGAAGCUCUCCAACUUCAAGGAUGAUGAGGUCGAGAAGCGUCUCCCUCUCGCAUUCCGAAAGGGGCUUCGGGAGAAGGCGGCUGAGCUCUUCAUCCUCGACUCUUCCUAUUCCCCUGCCUUCGAGAAGGACCCUCUCUUCUCCAAACUGCUACUCGAGCUGUCCUUCCUGAAGGUUGCUCUUCCUGACUAUACCCCGGAAAAUAUUGCAAAGCAUGUCCUCGCUGAGGGUCACCCUCCUACCCUGGAGGAGUCCAUGGAUGCCGUUGGCCUUUGCCUUCGUCAUUUCGAGGUCCCCUCCACCUGGGCUGAGGUGGGUGCCGACUUUGCUGACCCCAAUCUUCCUGCUACCAUCCAGAGCAACAGCUUCGUCGUCCACGACAAGGAGGAAGCUGAGGAGACUUUCGAGCUCCGUGACUGGCAGGCUGCUGCCAAGUCCCUUGCUUUCAAGGAGGCUUAUGGCACCAAGAACGUUCUGCGACCCGAGUUGUCUGUCAAGACCUCCACCAUCACUGUCAAGGAGAAUCGCCGACUUACUCCUCAAGACUACGACCGCAACAUCUUCCACAUCGAAUUUGAUCUUGGUGACUCCGGUCUGACCUACAAGAUCGGUGAGGCUCUCGGGAUUCACGCCGAGAACGACGAGGAAGAGGUCAACCAGUUCAUCGAGUUUUACGGCCUCAACCCUGCCGAGCUCGUUCAGGUUCCUGCCCGCGAGGAUCCUGCUCUCCUCGAGACCCGUACUGUCUUCCAGGCCCUUGUCCAGAAUGUCGAUAUUCUUGGCAAGCCUCCCAAGCGCUUCUAUGAGGCCCUUGCUGAUUUUGCUACUGAUGAGACUGAGAAGCAGAAGCUUGAGGCUCUCGCCAGCCCCGCUGGUGCUGAGGAUCUGAAGCGCCGCGCCGAGGUCGAUACCGCUACCUAUGUUGACAUUCUUGAGGAGUUCAAGUCAGCUCGCCCAAGCUUCCACGACCUCAUCAAGAUUGUCAGCCCAGCCAAGCGCCGAGAGUACUCUAUCGCCUCUGCUCAGGCUGUUACCCCCAACUCAGUUUCUCUCAUGAUUGUCGUCGUUGACUGGGUUGAUCCUCGUGGCCGUACCCGUUACGGACAUGCUACCCGCUACCUCAGCCGUCUUCCAGUUGGUGCCAAGGUCACUGCUUCAGUCAAGCCUUCCGUCAUGAAGCUUCCUACCAAGGACACUGCGCCUCUCAUCAUGGCUGGUCUCGGAACGGGUCUUGCUCCUUUCCGUGCCUUUGUUCAGUACCGCGCUAUGCAGAAGGCUCAGGGUAAGGAGAUUGGCUCCAUCCUGUUGUACCUUGGGUCCCGUCACCAGCGUGAGGAAUACCUCUAUGGUGAGGAAUGGGAGGCCUAUCUGGCGGCUGGUGUUGUCACUCUUAUCGGAUCUGCCUUCUCUCGUGACCAGCCUCAGAAGAUUUACAUUCAGGACCGCAUGCGUCAGACCCUUAAGGAGAUCGCAAAGGCCUACAUCCAGGACGAGGGUAGCUUCUACCUCUGCGGCCCUACGUGGCCUGUACCUGAUGUGACCAAGGUGCUCGAGGAAGCUAUCGCUCACGAGGCCAAGGCUGCUGGCAAGAAGAUCGAUCCUCGCAAGGAGAUUGAGAAGCUUAAGGAGGAGGGACGAUAUGUCCUUGAAGUUUACUAG